GGAGGCUGUGUGCCCGUCUAUAGCUUGUCUUUGUUCUCCAGAGUAGUGGCAUCGUGUCCCAGUGACGCAAAUGUUCGCUAUCGGUGCCCAAGCGUUACCUCUGUUUUUCACCUGACGGGGUUUAGGUCAUAUAUCCCGUGACCUUUGCUCGAUUUGGUGCCCUCAGUUAAGCCAGGAGAAUGUCUCUCCAGGAGGAAAAGCGUCCCCUCCUCCCCACCGCUGACACUGGGGACGGGGGCAGCCUCACCAACCUGCAUUCGGAGCAAGAGGGCGCACAGCGAAAAGCUCCCAAAGUUCCUGGAAUUCCAAAGAGGUACAUUCUGACAUUUUUGGGUUUCCUCGGCUUCGUUAAUGUCUACGCGCUACGCGUGAACCUUAGCGUCGCUCUGGUGGAGAUGGUGACGCUCAAUGAGACGAAGGUGGAAAACGCCACAUCGGAAUGCCCUGGUCCUAACAACACCGACGUCCCUGACGUCUAUCGGAAGGGAGAGUUUGACUGGAGCCCGUCACUGCAGGGAAUCAUUCUAGGCUCGUUCUUCUACGGUUACGUCACCACCCAGAUUCCAGGAGGUUGGAUUGCCGAGAAUUUUGGUGGAAAAAAACUGUUUGGAUUUGGUGUCCUGUGUACGUCGGCGCUGACGUUGUUGACGCCGGUCGCUGCGAGACUACACGUCGGAGUGUUGAUCUUGAUCAGGAUCCUAGAGGGAAUAGGAGAGGGUGUGACGUUCCCGGCAAUGCAUGCCAUGUUUGGCAAGUGGGCGCCGGUGUGGGAGAGAAGCCGAUUGGUUUCAAUCACAUAUGCAGGUGCCCAGAUGGGAACUGUUGUGUCAUUACCCAUCUCUGGCAUCCUCUGUGAUUCCCACAUAUUCGGUGGUUGGCCUGCAGUGUUUUAUAUAUUCGGUGCUGUGGGUUGUUUGUGGUUCGUUGUCUGGAUGUUCAUGGUGGCUGACACACCGGCUAAACAUUCCACCAUAUCUACAGAGGAAAGGGAUUUCAUAGAGCAAUCCAUAGGUUCAAAGCCACAGAGAGAAAGGACACCAUGGCUAGGUAUUUUCACGUCCAUGCCCUUCUGGGCGAUUUUCAUCGCUCAUUUCUGUAACAAUUGGGGUUUCUACACUCUGCUUACCUGUCUUCCAACUUACCUGUCCGAGGUUCUACAUUUUAACAUCAAAGAGAAUGGUCUUUUGUCAGCGCUGCCUUAUUUCUGCUGUUGGGUAACGAUGAAUGUGACGGGGUUUGUGGUGGAUUACCUGAGAGAACAUCGUUACUUGUCCACGGUACAUGCCCGAAAACUGGCCACAUCACUGGGUUUCCUGUUUCCCGGUGGGUUUCUUGUGGCGGCCGGUUAUUCGGGAUGUAACGCGACGUUAGACGUGGCGUUUUUGACAUUGGCGCUUGGUCUCUCGGGGAUUUACAUGUCUGGUUUCAUAGUCAACCACCUGGAUAUUGCGCCGAAAUUUUCAGGUACUCUAAUGGGUUUGACGAACUGUUUCGGAACACUUCCAGGCUUCCUUGGCCCAAUUCUCGCUGGGUACCUCACGGAUAAACAGCAAACCUCAGCACAGUGGCAGAAAGUGUUCUACAUCUCCUGUGGGAUUUACGUGUUCGGGACCGUGUUUUAUCUUGCCUUCGCCUCAGGAGACAUACAAAAGUGGGCGCAGCCUAAGAGCGUAACGAUAGAGGUGAACAACGACGGCUCGGACGUCAAUAACAAAUCUAUUCAAAAUGGCCGAUCUGUGACGCCACUGCCGGAGAUAUUAACAGGGCCUGACUGAUUACAAACUAUCAUGGUUUGCUGCCAUAGUGAUCGAGGAUGAUCACAAUUGAAAAAAUGACUAUCAAAAAUCUGAAAGAUUUCUUUUUGCGUACAUGCAAACCGUAAUGUUGAGAUAACUUGAGAUUAGCUAUCCCUCAAUAAGAGAAAUUCAUUAGCCAAGAUGAUAUUCAUGUACAGAAGCAAUGUUACUAACCACAGAUGGUAAUGAAGUGGUUAUUCUUUACCAACAACUGCAUUUAGUUGUUUCUAGAUUGUAAAUUGUGCAUAUUAAAUUCACAAUCAGGUCACAUAUAUACAUGUACAUCAGCUGUGCAUUUUUAGCAAUGUUUUACAGGUGUUGCACACAAAUGUCCAUAUCCAAGGAUGUGGUACUGAAAAUAUGUAUGGCCAAGUCUACAAAUUUUCUUUGAUGUAUUUCAGUAUACAAUGAUCGGGUACAA